AUGAAUUUCUCAAAAGAAUUUGAAGAAUAUAGUAAAUUAAAGUAUCUAUCCAGAUUAUAAAUCGGAAACAAAGUCAAUACAAUGACAAAAGUUAAGAUUGUAACAUUGGAAGGAGAAAAAAUUAGAUUUAGAAUGUGACAUAGAUAAAGGAAUAAAAGUAUUAAAAUACAAUAAGGUGUUUGAAAACAUGGAACAAUUAUUAAAUUAAUAUUCUAAGUUGUUUAGAGAAAAGUUUGAGGAGGAUCUAUCUAAAAAGAUUAAUUAAUUAACUAAUUAAUUACAAGAGGAAGAAGACUCGGAGGAUUAUUGA